ACUAAACUGAUAUUAUCUAUGACUUUAAGUACCGCAUAAGUUGCCACAAAGAUUAAGGCUUAAAUGCCAUUUUCAAUUACCCGGAUUUGGCUGUUUUUAACUUUGACACUCAGCCGGAGCUGAGUAUUAGCGGGAAUUCCAAUACCUGGCCGGGUAUUCAUGCAUCCAUAGAAAAUGCACGUCUAGAUAAAGAGAAUGACUACUGCUGCCAGACCAACGUUUGAACCAGCCCGAGGACGAGAAAAGGACUUGGGAACCCUCUCUAAACAGUAUUCUAGUCGGGACUUACCGGGACACACAAAACUAAAAUACAGACAAACUGGCCAGGCUAGUUCAGAGGAGUUGAGAGGUAAGGAUUUCCGAAGAGAUUUGGAAGAAAGAGAAAGAGCUGUUACCCAUGAAAGAGAAAGUAAACGUAGUAGAGAGGUGGGAUCAAGUGGAACAAAAAAACCAAGACUUGACCAAAUCCCUGCUUCCAAUUUAGAUGCUGAUGAUCCAAUUGAUGAGGAUGAUGAAGAUGAUAGUGGUGAUAGUGAUGAGGAUGAUACUGCUGAGUUAAUGGCUGAGUUAAACAGAAUAAAGAAAGAAAGGGCUCAAGAAGAAGCUAAAAAGGAAGCAGAGAGGAAAGUUCAAGAAGAAAAGAUUCGAAUGGAGAACAUUCUCAGUGGAAAUCCUCUGCUCAAUUCUAAGGCUGACUUUAAGGUUAAGCAUCGCUGGGAUGAUGAUGUAGUUUUUAAGAACUGUGCCAAAGGGGAUCUGGACAGGAAAGAGAAACCUUUCAUUAAUGAUGCUAUUCGUUCAGAAUUCCAUAAGAAGUUCAUGGAAAAAUAUGUAAAAUAAGUGGAAAGAUAAUCUGUGAAUAUAUAUACACUCAAUAUGAUAAACUAUACAGUUCAGUUCUAAAUAUGUUAAAGUAUGUCAUCAUUUCAAAAUCAAUGUCAGUGUUUACUUUUAUGUUUUGUGAUGUCAAUAAAUACUUCUGAUAUUUGUUUUGUAA